UGCUUAACCGAAUCGGGGCGUCGAACGAACGGUGUGAACGGGUUGCGAUUGGGUGGGCAAGGAGUGGCAAGCGAGACGAGGCCUCGGAUUCUCUUCGCGGGUCAGAGCCUCGAGAGCGGCUCGUCGUCGCGGCGAGUGUCGACCGACCGACCUCUCGCUCGCUCUUCUCGACGUGUGCAUCGACCUCUCGCAUGGUGGCGACGCGAGCGGUUAGACGUCGAAUCCCAGAGGCCAGACGCCGCAGCCUCCGUGUCCCUGGAGGCGGAAUGCCAACACUCUGUAUCUCAGUUCUUCACCGGCUUCAUCAGCAGCAGCAGCCGACGCGAAGCAGUUUGCCUCCCGACUGCGACUCGGGGAUUCUUCCCUCGUGACGAUGGGAGGAAUCUCGUACGAGAGCCGAGCGCAGAGUGUUCUGCAGCAGGAGGAGGAGGCGCAGGCGCAGGCGCAACAGCGAGCCGUCCUUCGCCGUGAUGCCAAAUCGUCAGCAACUUGGGCCAAUUCGGCGUCCGCUUUCCACCAUCCGCUUCCCAGCGCUGGCACGCUAGGGCGGUAGCAGGAGUGAUAGAGGAAUUCAGCAUCUCGACCGAUGUUUCGAAUUGGACUCGAGGAAGUCAGAGAGGAGGCGCUGGUUUUCAUUUCACGAUGGGAUCUCCGGAUUUUCAACCGACAUUCUCGCCUUCACAGAUUCCUUCGCUGCUGAAUCAGGGUAGAAAUUAGGGGAUUUCUCUCGCACCUCGGGCUGUUGUCGACGCGCUGCUGCUGCUGCAACCAUGACGGACAGAUUCGACCGAUCGGUCCGAAGGACCGGAAGUUCGCCCAUGGCGGUGAGAUCGUACGCUGUGGCGGCCAAGCGACAGAACCAGCCCAUGAAGGGUUUAUCGACGACGACGACAAGUCCAGCCGGGGCCAGCACUCCGGCCUCGGUGGCUUCCUCGUACAAGAGGCUGGCGGGGGCGAUCGUCGACUCAGCUCCGCUGAAGCGCAUGUCUGCAGCAUCGCAACACUCUCCGACAUUCAGCCUGCCAUCUCCCGAGGGAGGCAACUGCGAGCUCAAAACAUUCGUCUACGAUCCAGCCACCGACCAACGAGGCCGCAGCAUUGCGGUGGCCGAGCGAGUGCCUAUAGGCGAGACUCUGGUGACGGACAUCGUGUACCCUCGACCGCCUCCCGACGAUUCCGACAAGGAGAAGCCAGAAAUGCGGCCCAUGACUCCCUCGGAGCUCGGCCGAGAGUGGAGACGUCGCCUCGAAGCUUCCUGGAAGUUGUACCCUCGAAACAUGUGGGGCCCUGUGACCAAGUGGGGAUGCCUCGUCAACCAGCCGCUCACGAUGUCUCAAAAGGAUCAUUUCAAAGGCCAACAUGAUAAGUUACAGAAGCAGAGGCUGGAAGCCAGAAAGUUUGGAUUUGAAAGGCACUGGGUCAAGUACAAGAACCUGACCAACAUGUGGGAGGAUCGAGAGGCCCGCCAGAGUCUCGCGUACAUUGAUCCCCGAGAUCAGUUCAAGAAAGACGCUGAGCGGAUGCUGCACGCCCAGAACGACCAGCGCAUCGCCAGAACUAAGCGGGUUGACGAGAAACACAGAAACGUGAAGAGGUGGAGAGAGUUCAACAGACUAGAGAAAAGAGAGGAUGAGUAUUUGAGGAGAAUAGAUAACGAAGCCAUGCUUCGCAAGGAUCCUGGAUGGCGUGUGAACUUCAGUAGCGUCAAUUACGACAUUGUAACGCUUGGCUACACCGAAGGUCAUGACGGAGACAAGCUGAAGUACCAAGAUCUCAUGUUCAAGUGGCGCCAGUCAAUGCGGGCACUUAGAUUACAGAGCAAACAGAGCGGAUGCCGGAUGUACGAUGUGGUAACAUGGAAACCACAGAGGCCUUGUCGCCUGCCUGCACCAAAACCAGAGCUGCCAGUUACACCGACUGCGGAAAGACUUCCUUCUCCUAAAAAACCAGAGAUGGCAAGACCAAGGAACAUGCUCCAUAGCAUGUACAAGCUCGAAGAUGUACCAAUAGGAUGCACAAAUGACAACAGAACGAAUUGGUAAAACCUUCAGAGUACGGGACUUUCAAACAUGCAGAGUGAUAUGAGUUUUUUCACAUUUGUUGAGUAAACCUUUUGUGCCAGUCUUCAACAAAAGACAUCACGAGUCAUGCCUUCUGUUCUGUGUGCCUUUUCUUUUAAAGAGGGACGUCUCUCUUUGGAAGAAAUUUUGUCCUGUAUCUCAGUAACACUUUUACACACUGGUCACAAUUCAUCAACAUAUGUUUACAGUUUUGAUAAGAGAUAGCUCUACUACACGUCACCAACUAACAGAUCCCGGCUUAGGGUUUAAACUUUAGGGUGAUCUGCACUUGACAAACCAAGUAUUACACAAAUUGUAGGAACGAUUCAAAGUAUGAAAAUCGGACAAGUUCUAUCUAUACCUCUAGGUGAGACAAAACGAGCUCUGACAAGAUAUUGAAGCAAGUAAUUGUCUGAUAUGAAUAUUCCAACCUCCCCGAUCUUGAAGAUGCACCAAAAUCACUCAGUGGUUGCAAUCCUCCUAUUC